CAUAUCCACGGCUAGCAAAACGGACGAAGAAGAAGAAGAACCCACGAAGAAGAAGUUGUCAACCCGGUUCAACAGUCCGUCCGCAGCCAAUGGAUGACGACUGAUCGAUACUUUUCUCUCUUCGUUAUCAUUAUCUCUUAUCUUUCUUUCUGUUGAAACACCGCGGAGUUACAGCUGCGAAUCUUUCCGUAAUGUCCCCUUGAACGCAGCUUUUGAACAAAAAGAAAAGAGCAAACGAGCGCCGAACCUUUGCAUCGGGAGACGUGUUCCGGGGUCCGCGCGCUGUUCUGACCGGGAGAGAGACCGUAGAGAUGUCCGACAACGGGGGCUCGGCCGUCAGCCUCCUGUCUUACGAGACGCUGGUCCACGCCGUGGCCGGAGCGAUGGGGAGUGCGACAGCGAUGACGGUCUUCUUUCCCUUGGACACAGCCAAAAGCAGGCUGCAGGUGGAUGAGAUGAGAAUGUCCAAAUCCACACCCGUCAUCCUGGCUGAGAUCACAAAGGAAGAAGGCCUUCUGUCCCUAUACAGGGGCUGGUUACCAGUCAUCUCCAGCCUCUGCUGCUCUAACUUUGUCUACUUCUACACCUUCAACACACUAAAGAAGCUGGCGGCGUCUGGUCCGGGGAAGUCCAGACCAGGCAAAGACUUGCUCAUGGGGGUCGUAUCAGGGAUGGUGAAUGUGAUCCUGACCACUCCCAUGUGGGUGGUCAACACGCGACUGAAGCUGCAAGGAGCAAAGUUCAGAAAUGAAGACCUCCAGCAGACCCAGUACAAGGGCAUCUUUGACGCCUUCUCACAGAUCGUAGCCAAUGAGGGUGUAGCAACUCUGUGGAACGGCACCCUGCCCUCUCUUAUCCUUGUCCUCAACCCGGCUGUGCAGUUCAUGAUUUAUGAGGCCAUGAAGAGGAAGGCGGGCAAAGGAGGGAAGAAGAUAUCCUCAGUAGAAAUCUUUCUCAUUGGAGCCAUUGCCAAGGCCAUUGCCACCACUGCAACAUUCCCUCUUCAGACAAUUCAGGCCAUCCUCAGGUUUGGCCAGUAUAAGGGUGACGGGAAGGCCGGCGUGACUGGAAGCCUCACAAACAUAUUCUCUAUGCUGAUGGAGAGGAUCAAGCGGUACGGCGUUCUCGGCCUGUACAAAGGCCUGGAGGCCAAGCUGCUGCAGACGGUGCUGACAGCUGCCCUCAUGUUCGUAGUGUACGAGAAGAUCACCGCUGCCACGUUUAAAGUCAUGGGCCUGAACCAGAAAGUGAAGCAGUGAACCGACGGCUACUUGAAUGCUGCGUCUUAAAACAUGUGAUUGUAGAUUAACUCCAGGAAUCGAUUCAGUCACAUAAAUGAUGUCAUAAGGGACGGGAUUGGUGCCCAAAACAAAGCGCAUAACAGAACUGGGUGAGAUACUUCUAAUACCCUCUUUCUUAACCUCUCUAACUAGUAGCAUUUGGGCAAAAUAGUAUUUAUUUGAUCUCUGUUGAGAUGGUGUUAAUUAACCUUAGUAACUGAGAUAUUCAUCACAAUAUACAGUAAAGGGAAAGUGGACAUUGUUUGGGGAAAUACCUCCUACCUUCCUUCCUGAGAGAUAGAUGAGAUAUUGGAUACCGCUCAUAUGAUAGGGCUCCAGGAAACUACUGAUCAAGACCAAGUAAAUGUUGCGUAAUAUGCAAGCUUUGGGGGUGAAGGUAGAUACAUUUAGUGACUUUUGGACAAACCAAGGCUACCUGCUUACCAGCUUCCAGUGUUUGUGCUACGCUAACUCAUCUAACUGCUGCGGCUUCAUUUGCACUGUUUCAGACACGUAGAAGCUUCUUUCCCAAAAGGAAAAACUUUGCCUUCAACAUUAGAUGCUUUCUGCAAAGGAUGAGACCAAAAAGAGCAGCGGGUUACCUAAUAAGUAAUGAGUAAUGCCUUGAUGUAAGCUACUGGAACAUUCUUCGAACAUUCUUUUUAUGUUUUAACUGUGACUUUAACUUUGAUAGAAUCCUCAUGAAAUUCCUGCUAGAUGAAUGUUUUUUUUUAAACAUGUUGAGCUAUGAUGUUAUAAAUGAAACAACGUUAACAGUAGUCACAAUAAUGUCAAGAGGGAGAAUAGCUUCCAUUCAUUUUUAUAGAGUUGUGUGUAAUAUAUUACCUCAAACUGAAUUAAGCACGAACGGAAAUGAGUCCUUAACCAUACACAGAUAUGCCAGUAAGCGCCAAGUGCCUCUAGAUCUAUACUAUGAACUGGUAUAAAAGCUGUGAUGAUAGUUGACUGUUUACACAAGUCUGUGAUGCACUAACCUCUGCGUGAUUGUAUUGAUCUGUUGGGACAUUUUGUCCCGCAUUCGUCUUCCUUUAUUGGUUUGUGUUCUUUUAUCAGUGUGGCAGUUUGCAUUAAUUUACACAAGUUGUUUGGUCACUGUUCUAUUUCACCUUGAAACCACUUGGAAAGAAGCUGAGCUUUUAAUCAUUCCGAGAGUUGCUGUCAAUAUUUCUUCGUAAAUUCACAUGUGUGACUGUUCCUCGUAUUAAUCAGGGCCAGUUUACCAAAGAACAGAACUGACGUAGUGUUAUGGUAUCAAGUUUAAGACUUUAGACCAUGAACGUCAGCAAAAUGAAUUAUGAUAGGUAAAUGGUGAUCCUUUUUUAUGUUUAAAUAUGGAAUAAUUGUUCAUUUUAACAUGGGGGACGUGAUGAUAAGACAGAAAAUAGCUAAAUCAGAGGUUUGAAGUUUGUGAAAUAAGUGACUGAACCAAGAAAUUAUCACCGGCUAAGGCAGAGGGGAUUUAUUUACAGAUUUAUUCAAUAGUAAAGAAGCCAAAGCCAGUAUGUGUCACUAUUCAUUUUAAAACAACAGUGAUACACCAUGCAGAUUAAUAACAGCCUUCACAAAUGAAAGAUUUUCUCUCAACACAUAACAUGAAUAAACUGAUGCAUUACUAA